AUGGGCGAAAGUCUGUUGAAGCAGAAGGAGUACGAUUUACUUUCAGUGCACCAAGUGUUAGAGGCAAAGGCACAUCAGCAACAUCUGGUCAAUUUCCAGCUUUUAUUUUCAACUGAAAUGCCUACGCUUAGUUGUUAUCAAUAUCCUGAUUCAAGAGAAGUGCUGCGCGUGAAGGAAGUGGAACUGUUCAAAGCCGUUGAUCGCUGGGCCAUAAAGGAAGGGGAACGGCAGAGGAUUACGCCUGAUGGAAAUACGAAGAGACGACGAAUUCUUGGAGAGGAAAUCGUGAAAGCAAUUCGGUUUCCUUUAAUGUCACAAAAGGAGUUUGCUACUGUAGUUUACGACACUGCUAUUUUAUCUCAGAAGGAGACUGGCGACAUGAUUAAAUACUACAGCAAUGUCUUGAAAAGCCCUUUACCAUUUUUGCAGGGAGCAAGAAAGGAGUUUCCUAGAUUUCGAGUCAGCAGAUUUAACAAUUAUUCUGAGCCAUAUAUAAUUUGGAAAUACAAUGAGGGCUUACCUGACAUUGUUCACUUCUCCGUAAACAAGCCUAUUAAGUUACUUGGAGUUCAGCAUUUUGGUUCCCCUGGCGGAAGCAAAUACACAGUUUCUACUGAAGUCAAAAUUACAGCAACUAACUUUACCGUUGUCAAACGAUCAGGAACAUUCACUUCAGAAAAGGACGAGAACAACUGUUAUUACGGCUUUGAUGUUUUGUUUGAUAAACCGGUUUGCUUAGAAGCAAAUUACCAGUAUAAGCUAGAGUCACUUAUCAAGGGACCUGCGUCAUGGUAUGGAAGUUGUGGACGUGCCUGUGUUAGAGCAGAUGGCGUACAAUUCACUUUAAGCUCUAUAGAGAAUGAAGUUAAUCGCACUUCGGUAAAAUCAGGUCAAUUUCCAGCUUUUAUUUUCAACUGA